AUGAUUAAGUUAUUUAGAAUUUCCUUAAAUAUUUUUAUAAUUUAUAUCAUAUUUGCCAUAAAUAAUUUGACUGAAGCUUUACGUUAUAAUCAUCAAGGGACUGGUGAUGAAAAUUGUGAAACCAUUAAAUCGGAAAUACAUUUGAUUAAGGAGGAAUUUGAUGAAUUAGGUCGCAUGCAACGUACCUGCAAUGCCGAUGUUAUUGUUAAUAAAUGUGAGGGUUUGUGUAACAGUCAAGUGCAGCCUUCGGUCAUAACACCAACGGGGUUUCUGAAAGAGUGCUAUUGCUGUCGCGAAAGUUUUCUGAAGGAAAAAAUCAUUACUCUUUCUCAUUGCUACGAUCCUGAUGGUACUAGAUUGACUUCUCAAGAUAUGGCCACCAUGGAUAUUCGUUUACGUGAGCCUACCGACUGCAAGUGCUUCAAAUGUGGUGAUUUUACUAGAUAAAUAAUUUAAACAGAAAUCAAUG